AAAAUAAAUAUCGAUACGUUCUUGGCACCUGCUUAUUUCGAUGUCGGGUACAAGGGCCAUAUUUUCCCACCAUCUUUGAACAUUGACCAUAAUCAAAGCACCUCUUUUUCUUCCUUUUUUGCCCCCGGGCUCCUUAACUAUAUAAUCCCAAACACUCGCAAUUUGCACUGGCAAACACAGAAAGGAAGCACCUUUAAUGGAUUCUCAUAAUUUUCUCGACGAAUUUGAAGAGGAAUACGAUGUUUUCUACCAUGAGCUCAAAAGGCAGGUCUUGCUUUUGACAGCUGAGGAAGAGGAAGAAGAAGAAGUGUCCGAGGACAAGGCUCUGAAUGGGCCCAGAGCCCGAAAACAAGGAUAUGGGCCCGGUAUUGUUUCUGGGCCCAGCUUUUACUAUUACGAUUGGCCUGAGAUUAAGAAGGAUAAAUCUGUGCUGGGCUUGGAGAGAAGUGGAAAUGGGACAGGGGUUUUUAUACCGCAGGUUGUCCAGCCCACAAGGACAUACAGCUCAAGUGCAGGGAGAAAGAAGAGAAGAAUUACAAACAGGAGGAUGAAGCACAAUUGAUUUUUCAGAUUCUUUUAUUUUUUUUAUUAAAAUUAUUCAUUCAGUUUUAGAUAUUUACAAAAGGACACCAGAUGAUUAUCAAAAUUAUCAUAAAAUUGCCAUUUAUGAUUUAUCUCAUUGUGGAAUGUUAGACAGACUGUGUAUAGGGAGGUUCAGUAUUUUUUUUAUCAAUGCAGGGGCUUUUUGUGGAGGAAAAUAAAGUUUAGGGGCAGAUUUGAGCUUGUUUUCAUAGAACUUCAGGGUAGUUUUUGUAAUUUCAGUGAAUAAAUUUUGUUAUCAAUUGAUCAGUUGAGUAUAAAUGAAUACAAACUCAGGAUAACUGCA